GCUCUGUGUCUCGGUCCGUCCUCUCCCUCUCUGUGUUGGUGCCCUCAAUCGGUGUCCACUCUCUCUAGCUCACCGUAAUCUCGCAUCGUAUGGUAAGGGUUUUGUGGGGAAAUUCGAUUGUGAUGAUGGGUUUUCUGAGAAAUUUGAUUUUUUAUGUGGGUUAUUUAUGGAGAUGGAAAUGAUUGGAUUACGCUGCUAUGGCUGAUCAAAGUAACUUUCUAGAUGCUGGAACCGCUGGUGAAUUGGAGGUUCAGGAUAAGACUACACUUCUUGAAUGGUUUGCUAAUGAGUACAAAAAGUUUGGAUGCACCUUGGAGUUUGUCACCAAUAAAUCGCAGGAGGGAUCUCAGUUCUGCAGAGGUUUUGGAGGAAUCGGAGGAAUCCUCCGUUAUCAGCUUGAUAUUCGAUCAUUCGAUGAACUUUCUGAUGAUGGAGAAGUUUAUGAAGACUCUGAUUAGCAAUCAAUAAACUAUUACUCCGAUCCGGUGCAGGAGCAUGGGGCAAAAGCCUUCACCGUGUGCGUGAGCUCUCGCCCUUCUUUCUGCUCCUCUGCUGUUGCUCGACGAGUUUCAAGUGCGUCUGAUUAAGGUUUGUUUCAUAAUUUUUGAACUCAAAAGUUUGUAAUGAUAUAUUUAGGGCAUAAUUACCUUUGAUGGGUUUUGUAUGAUGACCACCUUUAAUUGGUUGUUUCUAAUGUUCUUGAUCUCUCUAUCUU